AGCUCAUAAAUAUACAUGAUUCUAUAUUAAUUUCUUCAUGUUUUCUUAGCUAGUUUUCCAUCUAUUUGAGUCAUUUACUUUAUUUUUAUGUUUUGUAGGUGUUAUGGAGCAAAGUAGAAGAAAAGAAGCCAAAUCAGCAAAUCUGCCUGUGCAGAUCAGUCAACUUCAAAAUAAAACUGAGAACAGCUCAGAGCGAGUGAGAAAGUGAGCUUUAUAUGGUUGGAAAGCCUUGGAUGUCUAGUUUCCAGAACUUUUAACGGUUUGUCCAUAUCAUUUUUGUACAAAAAGUUAUGGCCGAAUUAGUACAGCAAGGUCAGACAUUCCGAGAAUCUGAAGUGGCAGCACACCUAACUUGAAAAGUUGCAGCCAUCCAUCUUUGAAAAAGAAACACUUCCAGCUGCAAUAACUAGUGCUAGGAGCAAUAUUUCCAGCUGCAAUAACUAGUGCUAGGAGCACUAUAUGAAAGAAAUAUUUCCAGCUGCAAUAACUAGUGCUAGGAGCAAUAUUUCCAGCUGCAAUAACUAGUGCUAGGAGCACUAUAUGACUAGAUAAAUAGAGGGGAGAGCGGAAGAGAACGGAGAACAGAGAAGGGGAGAGCAGAAGAUAGAGAGAGACAUUUAGUUUAGACUUAUGUCUGCAGCACAAGAGGAGAAAGAAUGACACCCUUUCUGCCAUCAUCCAGCUAUCAUCUCUUCCUUUUCUUUUCUUCUAGUCUUUGUUCUCAUCAUAACUAUGUCUAGCUAAAUACUUUUGUAGCUAGGGGCGAUUUCAAAGCCCCGAACAUGUUCAAUUCAUAUUAAUAAUUCAGUUUUUGGUUUUCUAUAUUGUCAAUUGAGUGUUUGAUUCACCGUGUCUACAAGAUGAAUCUUUACUUAUUUGCUUAGGUGCGCAACUAAAUGAAUAAGUUAGGAUUCUAAUGCUAGGAGUAACACUAGAUUCGUAUAUGUCUUGUGUUCAUUCCAAUUUAGUAGCAAAAUGUUUUCACGAAUUACAUGUGACAUCAAACCAUAGGUUUAGCAAGACUACCAACGUACUUGUGACCCUAGAUUUAUCCAAACCCUUUUCUUGCUUAAUGAUUUUGAUAUGUUAAACUUAGCGAGCUUGUGUCUAGGUUGCAUAAUCGGAAAUAGAUUAAGUGGUGAGCUUGUAUUCACUUAACGAGGAACUAAGAAAGGGUAAUGGGUUAACUCGAGCUUGUGAGUUAAUUUCGGGUAAAUUCAAUUAAGAAUUAGGAUUCCAUAACUGAGCUUUGAUAUGAUUGAGUGUGUUUGGUGGUGGAGAAUGAGUCCUUAGCUUUGUUUUUAUCAAUAGUUGUAAAAUUAUAAAAUCUGUUUCUGUUUCGUUAUAUUUCUGUGUUCAGUUUUACGUGAAUUAUUUCAUAUAUCAAAUCAACUCCGAUUGUUCUGAAAUUUUGUAUAAGUGUUAUUCAAUGUGUCUUUAGUGUCCUGUAAAAUUUACAGAAAAUUCCGUCGAGUCUAGGUUAGUUGAUUAAUUUAUUUUCGUUAACUGUUCAGUAGCAUGGUUUAGAGUAGUUUGUGACAUUUGGUUAGCAGUUUAGAAACAAUCUUCAGCGGGUAAUGACCCUUGCUUGAUCACUAUAUUACCAACGAUGAUGUUUGAGUGCAAGGUUUAAGUUGUGCAUCUUUUUAAGACGUACCAGUACUUUGUAAUCCCUAUAUAUAGGGCUCCUAUUCUCAAUAAUAUGAUGACAAUUCUCUCUACAAUUUCUCUCAAAUCUCUUUUUCCUUAAACAGGUAGAACAACUUUAAUGUCUUCUCAUGGUUGACUUGCGAUUCACUUCUUCAGCUCAUUUGCCAAUGACACGGCCUUUCAUUUCUGGAUCGUCUUCGCUUCACAAGCCACCCAAAUUCAUAUUGGCCGGUCUGAAUCUGCUAAUAAGGGUAGCCAUAGGUAGAACUACCAAGUUCAAAGCCCUCCUCUUAAAUCUCGAAUCGACGCUAGACUGUUUGCAACCACGAGUCAUCCAGCAGAUAAGAGACCAUAAUGUGGAGCUGAAUCUCCCAAACGAUAUAAUUCAAGACCUGCAAGUGAAAAUGGAUGAUGGUGUGGCACUCAUUGCCAAUUUAUCUAGGCUUAGCGUGUGGAACUGUCGCAUAUGGGGGGACUGUUGCAACUGCAUGAAGCCUAGCUAUGCAGACCAACUUGCUGCAUUGGAUAGGUCUCUUAGACGACUGUUGGAGAUACUAAAGCUUGAGCAGAUGAGGAACGUGAUGGAGCUCUUGCUUUUGGCAAGGAGAAGUAAUGACCGACAAGAUGACUUGGAGAGAAGACAGUUGGAAAUUCUGAAAGCGCUGCAAGAAACCGGGGAUAUGUUAAGAGCGCAGCAGGAAGUAAUGGAGAGAAUUGAAAGGAAUGGUGCUGCAUCUUCAGACAGAGGAGGGUCAGCUCCUGCUCCUGCUCUAGGAACAGUAUUUAGGGUGUUGUUUGAUGUUGUUAUCAGAGUAAAGGUCAAGAAUAUGAUGUAUGAGCGCCUCCUCAAAGAUUUUGAAUCCACUCUUGAAUGCUUGAAGCCACUUAUAGAAGAGAUGGUGGAGUCUAACAAGUUGUUGCAUCUUCCAAAUGAGGAACAAGAAUAUUUCAUAAUGCAAAUGGAAAAGGGUGUAGAGUUAAUUCACCAGUGCUCUGAGGCUUGCAAGGGAGGACUAAGGUAUAAAAAGUACGAAUACACCAAGAAACUUCUGGGAUUGGAUGAAUGUCUUCAAAGGCUUUUCAUUGAACUCAAAGAGCAGGUAGUAAGGAAUGUGAAGGAGGCCUUGGUGCUUAUAAGUAACUUGGAAAAAGAGAUCGCAGAAAUUGAAGGGGUUGUUGUGGUACAAAGUGAUGAAAUUGAGUGUUCGAUUCCAGCACCUCAACCUCGAUCACCUUUAGUUGGAGAGGAUUUACAAAAUGUGCAGAUAAAUCGAGUGGUGAUCGAUAAGACAUUCGAUGCAGUAAGUAACUUAGAAGAGGAGAUCAAGGAAAUUAGAGAAGUUAAUGUGGUACAAAAUGAUGAAGUACAAAGUAAAGGUCCUCAACCUUCAUUGCCUACAGCUGGAUCCAGUGUACAAAGUAUGCAGGGAACAAGGGAUGUGAUCAAGGAAAGAUGGGACUCGGAAAAGUUGCCGGAUGUCAAGCAAAUUAAAGGGAAAGGCUUGUUCGAAUAUCCGGUUGCUGGUGAAUAUGACCUUCGUCCACCAUUUCCAGUGGGACUUGCACUGGAACGAGAAGAUCACGCUGAUGCAUACAGUAAUGCAUCAUUGGAAGAACCAGUUGAUGAAUUGGAUAUGCAUGUCAGCUACUUGAAACGGAAGCUUUUAUAUGGUGGUCACUUAGCCAUUGUGCUGACGGGACCUGAAGGAUGCGGGAAAACUAGAUUGGCAGAAAAGUUUUGUCAAGAUGAGGAAGUCAUAGAUGAAUUCAAGAACAAUAUUUUCUUCGUCCCUGUUUCGGAAAGCCCCAAAUUGCAGCUUAUUGUUCAAAAACUAUAUCCAGAGGAGGGCUACAGGAAAAUUAUGUUGCCAGAUGAAAAUGGAGUUCAUGCAAUUCAGUGGCUGCAAGCAUUUGUUAAGCAUGUAGGACAUCAUCGUUCUCUGUUGGUCCUAGAUGAUGUCUGGCCUGGAUCUGAAUCCCUUCUUGAUGAGUUUGAUGAAUUCAAAAGGUCAAAUUUCAAGAUUCUGGUGACAUCAAGAUUCGAAUUUCCAAGAUUUGGUUCCUCCUAUUAUGUAAUGACGGAUGAUGUACUUAGGGUAGGUAGAUAACAUGAAAAUAUUGUCAAUUGCAUGUCACAGCCAAGGAAAAGAAAAAGAAUAAAGAGGGUAAGAACAAAGAAAGAAAUGAGAAGUCUCUAUGUUUGUGUACAUUUCUAAUGCCUUAUACUUUAUUGGAUUGAUUGUGUUAAAUUGGCAGAACUCAGUAAGCCAUUUAUAGAACAGAAAAAUGUCUUCUGUGUAAAAUUACUAACAAGAAAUCCAUCAUUUACACACUGUUAUUAAAGGAGACUUCUUUAUUUGUCUUGGAUGUGAAGAAUUGUAAGAAUUUGAUAUUUU